UAUGACCGUUCCGUACUUUUUGCAAUUCAAUAGUAGCUGUUAUUAAAUAAUUUCCUACCGUAGUUUUUAGCUAGGACUUCACUUUGGUUCUACAUCACGACAUUCUGAUAUAUGUGAAGAAAAACUACCAUAGAGGUGAUACUGAUAGCUCUGGUUACAGAAUGUGCCGUAACACCUGCUCUUGCUAGAUAAACGUCCUUUCAUUGUCCUUUGUAGUCGUAUUUUUUGCCUCACGACCGUGCAGUUGGAUAAUUUGAUCGCGAUUUAAUUUUUUUGGAGUUAGUAAAUGCGUUGGAGGGCGGUGUGACACUUUACUGAUGGCGUUUGAUCCAACAAUGCACGAAGAAGUAGAAGACGAAGAAGAGAGCGAGGGUACUUCCAAAUAUGGGAAGGGUACACCGGUGCCUUUAGCUCGCUCUGCUAGUCGAAAAAGUGGGUUCGGGUUCGGUGCAUAAAAUACAACAAGAAAAUCAAUUCUAAUCCAUGACAAGAGAACAUUUCUUCGCCUUGGUUUCCACACAAACAGCAUUCAGCAUCGAGUUAAGACAACUUCACUCAUUUUCGCCCAGAGCCACUAGCUAAGUUGUGAGCAGUGGGAGUGAGAGGAAGGUGGGCAGACUAAGCAACUCAAAGAUGUCAGUGGAGAGUCCCUUGUCACCUCCUCCUCCUCCUCCUUUACCUGCAUCAUGUCCACCAGUUCCUACAGCUUCAGCAAAGAAGAAGCUGUAUCAGGUGUUAGCCAGCGACAGGACUGCUGUAGAGGGGAAUCACACAGAGGCCCGCUUGCUGCUCAGUCACAGGGAGAGCAGUUUUAGGAAGGACCUGCAGUGGAUACUUGUGAACACAUAUGUGCCUUCCCUCAUCCAAGAUGGUCCACAGUGUGGCCUGGUGGCUUUGUGGAUGGCUGCUCAACUCCGGCAGCCACAGCUGAGCGUCGACAUGGACGCUGUGGUUCAGACGGCACUGAGCCGAGGAUACACUGCUCAGGGUGAAAUGUUUUCAGCUGAAAACAUGGCCCUGCUGGCAGAAGAGGUUUGUGGCUGCAAGGCCGAACUGCUCUCUGGAGGUUUGGGAGGCAAUAACGCUGCAGCUGUCAUCACACACCUGUGGGGGAGGCAGCCUGUCCUCAUCCCAUAUGAUGAGGACUUCAACCAUGAGCCAUGUCAGCGUGGCGGCAAUAGAGCACACUGGGCGGUCGCGUCGGGUGUUCUCCUCGGUGUGGACCAGGGCACUGUGAGCAAAGAUCACACCCAGCCUGAUCCCACUCUGCCCUGGCUCUGCCUCGCCGCUGACAGCUGCUCACCCUGUCCUAUCGCCACCGCAUCAGUCAAAGAGGUUUGCAUCCUAGCUAAGCAGGGCAAAAGCUUACGCUACCAGCUGUGGAGCUGGGACAGCGUGGUCCAGAGCAACGAGCAGCUGAGGGACAUGGACCCUCAGAAAGCGAACGACGGCACCCGUUAUGUGCUCCCUCUGGGCGGGGUGGAGGCUGGGCUGGCUGGACAGGCGGUGCUGCUCCACACAAGGACGCAGAAGCAGUGAGGCCGCUCAGAUCAGCAGCACCCAGCAGAGUUUAUUCUGUUGAAAGACGUCUCGCUGGACUCUUUUGGUGCAAUGUGACCCAUUUAAAGUCAGGCGUUUAAAUGGGUCGGGCUGAUAGGUUCAAGUUUUUGAGUCGAUCCAAAAGGGCUUCACAGUCCAGUAGUGACAGUGUGUGGGAAGUCAUGUGAAAAUCUGAAAAGGUAUAGGUCAUUAAGGUGAAUUAGCUGUCCCUUUAACUGUGCAGAAUUCAAGAUUUGGAACAGUCAUAUGGCAUUAAUGUUACAGCAAACAAUGAUCUGCUAUGCAAAGAUAUAGCAAAGUAAUGGCAUCUGAAAGGCAUCUUCUGCCUCCUCUGUGUGUGUUUUAUUCUGAAUUUCUGGUCCAGUUAUGUGUGCAUGUCAGUGUAUUUGAGUCCCCGGCUUUGAAAAUGUUUUCCCUCCUCGUGUUUAUAAGCCGACUCAGAGUGAAAAAUAUUUUAUUUCUGUUUUGUAUCUUAUUUCUGUGCACAGUUCACUGUGAGAGUCUCUGCCUGGCUACUCGUUUUCCAUUCACCUCUGUUCUGCUUCAGUCUUUGUGUGUUUGUUUUCACGCAAAGACCGGAACAGAACAGACACAAGCACAAAGCAGGAAAACCCAACUCAUUAUGACAUUUCAAGUUAUUUUACAGUGCUAGCGAAUGUUUGUGACUGAACUAUUUUUGUUAUUCUGGUUGUAAAUGAAAGUAAAGGGGGAUUUUUGACCGGCA